GCUUGCUGUUUGAACCGGAGACGAAGAGAAUACAUACGGCUUGCCUCGGACCCCCGUCGGAAUAAAUGCGCUUGUUUCCCGGGCAGCGCGCAGCCAUCCUUCCGCUCUUACAAACGGCGUCGGCUCGCACUCUUCAGUCCCAGUCGGAACGGGGUCAAAACUUCCCCCACCGAAAGGACGUAGCUACAGGGCUUUUUGGUGACACUUUACCAGCCUCUUGUUUUGUUUUUUUUUGCGAGGAAGUGAGAGCCCCUGACGCUAUAGGCCCGAAGCUAGCCGCGUUAGCCCGGCUGCAAGUCGGCCUUUCCGCGCGGGGAUUUUUGAAAAACACGACUUUACCCUACAAACACACGCUUUUUGGGACUUUUAGACGGGAGUUUUGAGCAUUUCUAUCCAGCUGGGAUACGUUUGGUAGCGCUUUAUGUGAGGUUCUCGUUGUAAGGAGACAUCGGGAUGACUCCAGAGCCAAGUUGUCAAAUUGUGCUCACGGCGGACUAAUUGAUGGUCGCAAACAUCCAAGAGACGUAGUCCACAUCGCGUAGACCACCGCCACAUCCGCGGGACUAUAUCAAGGCCCCCUUUCUACCGGCAUUUCUACCCCUUCGGAAUCCCCCCGAGAGUGCCCCCAGAUGGAGGAGCGCAACAAUAUGGAAUAUUUCUACCAGCAGGUGCUACAGAAGGAUGUCACCCGCAGGCUGCAGGUCGGCCAGGAUCUCAUCGACUACCUGAGAGACCCCUCUCGCUCGUCGGACGUGGAGCAGGACAAACCCCGGCUGGACAAGACCGUGGACGAGCUCACCGGCUGGGUCAACUCCAGCAAUUUCAAGGUGGCGCUGUUGGGCAUCGACAUCUGUGCCGCCUUUGUGGAGCGCCUGGGCGAGUCCUUCCGAGGGUACCUGGUUACAGUCCUGCCAGCGCUGGUGGACCGGCUGGGGGACGCCAAGGACCGUCGGGAGAACAGCCAAGCGCUCAUCCUUCGCUGCAUGGAGCAGGCGGCCUCGCCCACGUACGUUUGGGAAAGGCUGCUGCGCGGCUUCAAACACAAGAACUUCCGCAGCCGAGAAGGACUCUGCCUCUGCCUCAGCGCCACGCUCAGCUCGUAUGGCGCUCAAACAUUGAGCCUGAGCAAGAUCGUUCCUCAUCUGUGCACUCUGACGGCAGACCAGAACCCGCAGGUACGAGAGGCCUCCAUCACAACAAUAGUGGAUGUUUACCGCCACGUCGGCGAGAGGGUACGAGCCGACUUGGCAAAGAGAGGUCUGCCUGCUGCACGGUUGCAGACCAUUUUCGCUCGCUUUGAUGAGGCUCUGAAUUCGGGCAACAUGGCUCUCAGCCCCAGUCACGAUCGUAGUUUCGACGACGACGACAGCGUGGAUGGGAACCGCUCGUCAUCCUCGGGCUUCAAAGUCCCCAAAGUCCCUAAGAAGACCGCUGAGUCGGGGGCGGCCCGCCGGCUCAACGCCGCCAGUGGAAAGCUAGGGUUCAAGGAAAGCACCGGGGCUGUGGACGAGGAUGACUUUGUCAAAGCCUUCACAGAUGUUCCUGCUGUCCAAAUCUACUCCAGCAGGGAUCUGGAGGACAACCUCAACAAGAUCCGGGAGAUCUGCUCCGACGAUAAGCACGACUGGGACCAGCGGGCCAGCGCUAUGAAGAAGAUCCGCUCCCUGCUGGUGGCCGGCGCCACCUCCUACGACUGCUUCUACCAGCACCUCCGCCUCCUGGACGGAGCCUUCAAGCUCUCCGCCAAGGACCUGCGAUCCCAAGUGGUCCGAGAGGCCUGCAUCACCGUGGCCCAUCUUUCGUCCGUGCUGGGCAACAAAUUCGACCACGGCGCCGAAGCCAUCGUGCCCGUCCUCUUCAACCUCAUCCCCAACUGUGCCAAAGUAAUGGCCACCUCCGGCGUGUCAGCCAUUCGCAUCAUCAUAAAGCACACUCACGUCCCGCGACUAAUCCCCUUGAUAACCAGUAACUGCACAUCCAAGUCUGUGGCUGUUCGACGGCGUUGUUAUGACUUCUUGGACCUCCUGCUGCAAGAGUGGCAAACGCAUUCUCUCGAGAGGCACACAGCUGUUUUAGUGGAGAGCAUCAAGAAAGGAAUUCGAGACGCUGACUCAGAGGCUCGAGUUGAAGCCCGCAAGACUUACUGGGGCCUGAGGAACCACUUCCCAGGGGAGGCGGACGCGCUGUACAACUCUCUGGAGUCGUCGUACCAGCGCACUCUGCAGUCGUGCCUGAAGAGCUCGGGCAGCGUGGCCUCGCUGCCGCAGAGCGACCGCUCGUCCUCGUCCUCGCAGGAGAGCCUCAAUCGGCCGCUGUCUUCAAAAUGGUCGGCGCCCCCAGGGCGAGUCCCCGCCGGUUCAAAAGGCGGCGGGGCGGCGUUGUCGGCGGCCUCCCUGCAGCGCUCACGCAGCGACGUGGACGUGAACGCCGCCGCCGUGGCCAAGCGCCGGCACACGCCGCCGGCGCCGAAGGGGUCCGGCCGCCUGCCCCCCGGCUCCUACGCCUCACUGGAUGAUGCCUCUGAUAAAACGGAUGGCCGCGUGCGCACCAAGCAGCCCUUGACCGCCGCCAGCAGCGUGUCCAGCCAGGUGGACUCGAGAGGACGCAGCCGCACCAAAAUGGUUUCCCAGUCACAACGUUCUGACGAGUCAGAUUGCACACCAGGAUCUCAGUCUGCUACCUCCGCCGGUGCGGGAAGCCGCAGCGGCUCCCCCGGCCGCGUGCUGACCACCACCACGCUCAGCACCAUGAGCUCGUCGGCCCACCGGGUGUUGCCGGGCGCCGCCGGGGACGGGCGCAGGCGGAGCCGCAUCCCCCGUAGCCAGGGGUGCUCCAGAGACUCUUCCCCUACACGCUUGUCUGUUGCUCCCUCCAACAUUAGUUCCAUCUACAACGGCGCCAGCAGAGGAGCCCGGGGCAGCCGCAUCCCCCGGCCCAGUAUGAGUCAGGGCUGCAGCCGAGAGGCCAGCAGGGAAAGCAGCCGGGACACCAGCCCCGUACGCUCCUUCACGCCCCUCGCCACGCGGAGCUACUCUCGCUCCACGGGAGCUCUCCACACACCCGAUGCUUUUGGGGCCGCAGGCUCCAGUUUCGGCAUGGGUCAGUCCAGCCGCCUGUCCUCCUCGGUCAGCGCCAUGAGGGUUCUCAACACCGGCUCGGACGUGGAAGAGGCACUAGCGGACGCCUUGCUGUUGGGAGACAUGCGAUCUAAGAAGAAGCCGGCGCGGCGGCGGUACGAGAACUACAGCAUGUACUCUGACGACGACGCCAACAGCGACGCGUCUAGCGCCUGCUCGGAGAGAUCCUACAGCUCCCGGAACGGGGGCGCCAUACCCACAUACAUGAGGCAGACCGAAGACGUGGCCGAGGUGCUGAACCGCUGCGCCAGUGCCAACUGGUCCGAAAGGAAGGAGGGUCUACUGGGUCUCCAGGCCCUUCUGAAGAACCAGCGCACCCUCAGCCGUGUGGAGUUGAAGAGGCUGUGCGAGAUCUUCACCCGCAUGUUUGCCGACCCUCAUAGCAAGCGAGACUCCGGCAGGGUGUACGGCACGGCAGAAUCCGGUAUAAGCUCGGCCUCCUUCAAGAGAGUGUUCAGCAUGUUCCUGGAGACUUUGGUGGACUUCAUCAUGGUCCACAAGGACGACCUUCAGGACUGGCUGUUCGUGCUGCUCACGCAGCUGCUGAAGAAGAUGGGCGCCGACCUGCUGGGCUCGGUGCAAGCCAAGGUCCAGAGGGCGCUGGACGUGACGCGCGAGUCCUUCCCCAACGACCUCCAGUUUACCAUCCUCAUGAGGUUCACCGUGGACCAAACGCAGACACCCAACCUUAAGGUGAAGGUGGCCAUUCUGCGGUACAUCGAGACUCUGACGCUGCAGAUGGAAGCUCCCGACUUCGUCAACUCCAGCGAGACUCGGCUGGCCGUCUCGCGCAUCAUCACCUGGACCACCGACCCCAAGAGCUCGGACGUCAGAAAGGCGGCACAGGCGGUGCUGAUCGCCCUCUUCCAGCUCAACACGCCCGAGUUCACCAUGCUGCUGGCAGCGCUGCCCAAGACCUUCCAGGACGGAGCCACUAAGCUGCUCCAGAACCACCUGAAGAACACGGGAAACGCAGCCCAGGCGACGAUAGGCAGCCCCCUGACCCGACACACCCCCCGCUCUCCUGCCAGUUGGUCCAGCCCGGUGACGUCCCCCACCAACACCUCGCAGAACACCCCCUCACCAUGUGCAUUCGACUACGACACGGAGAACAUGAACUCGGAGGACAUCUACAGCUCUCUGAAGGGCGUCACCGAGGCCAUUCAGAACUUCAGCGUGCGCAGCCAAGAGGACAUGAACGACCAGCUCCAGGAGGGCGGCAGCGGCGGCGUGGACGGCCGAGCGCCGGAGCCCGCCGACGGCGGGCGCACGGCUCUGGACAACAAGACCUCCCUCCUCAACACGCCCCUGCUCUCCUCCAGUCCCCGGGGUGCCCGCAAGCUCUUUUCGGACUCUCCGUACAAACCCGGCCGCAAAGACGGCAGCGUGGACGACUCGGAGCGGCUCCCGGAUGAAGGCAACCUGGACCAGUCGGAGGUGAUGGGCGAGCUGCUGAAGGAGCUGUCCAAUCACAACGAGCGCGUGGAAGAGCGCAAGGCGGCCCUCGGCGAGCUGCUCAAGCUCAUCCACGACAACACGCUGCAGGUGUGGGACGAGCAUUUCAAGACCAUCCUGCUGCUGCUGCUGGAGACCAUGGGCGACAGAGAGCACGUGAUCCGAACGCUGGCUCUGCGGGUCCUGCGGGAGAUUCUCAGCAAGCAGCCUUGGAGGUUUAAAAACUAUGCAGAGUUGACCAUCAUGAAGGCCCUGGAGGCGCACAAGGACCCCCACAAGGAGGUGGUACGGGCGGCCGAGGAGACGGCGGCCAUGUUGGCGCUGUCCAUCAGCCCGGAGCAGUGCAUCAAGGUGCUGUGUCCCAUCAUCCAGUCGGCCGACUACCCCAUCAAUCUGGCCGCCAUCAAGAUGCAGACCAAGGUGGUGGAGAGGAUCCCCCGCGACGGCCUCGGCGGGCUCCUGCCCGAGAUCGUGCCGGGGCUCAUACAGGGUUACGACAACUCUGAGAGCAGCGUGAGGAAAGCCUGCGUCUUCUGCUUGGUGGCCAUCUACGCCGUCAUCGGCGAGGACCUCAAGCCGCACCUCAGCCAGCUGUCCAGCAGCAAGCUGAAGCUGCUGAACCUGUACAUCAAGCGCGCCCAGUCGGGCUCCAGCGGGAGCGAGCUGCCGUCGGACGGCCUAUAGGGGAACCGGCGCCCUCUUGUGGCUUGUUGGGGAACACGCCCGUCACUCAUGAAGAAAAUGUCCGUCCUUUCCCGCCUCCUCAUUGGCUCAAAGGAUUCAUGACCCCGCCCCCUAGCUCACUGGGAUCAUCUCUUGACGUUCAUUUUUAUGUUAUGAAGAUUAUAAUUUAGUCCCAAAGGUGCUGACCACCACAAAAGAUAACAAAAAGUCAUAAGCGGUACACAAGCAGACGGGCUUGGCUAUGCAUGACUCGCCAUUUUAAUUUGAUUUUUUUAGGUUCUUUUAUCCGAGUCCUAAAAAAUGUCCAUCUUUUUUUUUUUUUUUUUUGCUUUUUUUUUUAUUUUACAAAUGUGGAAACAAUGUCCGCCCCUUUCAGAAUGACGACGUAGUGGAUAUGUAUCUUAUAUAUUAAAAAAAUAAAUAAAUAUCCCGAAUAGUUCCUCAUGGGGGUCUGCACAUUUUUUUAUUUUUCACCUUUUUCCCCCCCCGCCUCACUCUCUUUACACUUGUAGAUUAUUUGUAUUCUUUUACAGAAUCCAACCUGUCACAUCGGCUUCUUUCUUUCGUACCAUGUAACCUUGUAGUUUGUCCAUUGUUGUCUUAUUUCACCCCCCACCCCACCCCCGUCCUGUGUAUUUCAAAAGCCGUGCUUACAGUACAAUAAAGAACAUGUACAGAU